UGCAACCUGCACCGUGUUUUGUUUGUCUGUCUGCGCAGCAGUGAUGAAAUCGCGGGGUCUGCUGCUGCUGGCUCGGUACAAACGGAGGAAAUCUCUCAUGACUUCCCGCUCAUGAGGACUCCGGUAACCGCAGAGGACGCACGGAGCAGGACCGAACGGGAGCACCGCCGGGGCUCUGGAGUCAGGUGCUGCUGGAUGAGAGUCUGACUAGGCAUUUUCUCCCCGGUGACAGAAACAAUCUCGGCGGCGCAUCUUCCCACAUCCUCCUCCCCUCCCGUCUCCUCUCCUCCGCUGCCCUCCAAGGCUGCAGCCCACCCACCAUGGCCCUGGUGACUCUGCAGCGCUCUCCCACCCCCAGUGCAGCAUCUUCGGCCAGCACGACCAACAGCAGUGCGGGGGAGGAUAUUGGAAGUGAUGAUGAGCGGAAAAAUAAUCAGAGCCUCAGUGAGAGCUUCUUCAUGGUCAAAGGAGCCGCCCUGUUCCUCCAGCAGGGUGGCAGCGCACAAGGACCAAAGACCCCGACUCACCACAAACAUGCAGGUGAUUUACCUCAACACCUGCAGGUCAUGUUUAAGAUCCUCCGGGCUGAAGAUCGCAUUAAGCUGGCUGUACGGUUGGAGAGCGGAUGGUCAGACCGGGUGCGCUACAUGGUCGUCAUAUACACCAACGGCCAUCAAGACACAGAGGAAAAUAUCGUCCUGGGAAUGGACUUCACAGACAAGGACAGUAAAGCGUGCUCUAUUGGGAUGGUGCUGCCACUGUGGAGUGAUGCCAACAUACAUUUAGAUGGAGACGGAGGCUUCAGCGUGAACACGGCAGGGCGGUCGCAUGUCUUCAAGCCUGUAUCUGUGCAGGCCAUGUGGUCUGCCCUACAGGUCCUCCACAAGGCAUGUGAGGUGUCACGCCGGUUCAACUACUUCCAAGGGGGCAUUGCUCUCACGUGGAUGGCCUUCUAUGAGAGCUGCGUCACCUCCGAGCAAAGCUGCAUCAAUGAGUGGAAUGCUAUGACCGACCUGGAGACCCCCCGGCCCGACUCGCCCACCAUGUUUGUCGACAGGCCAACUGAGCGAGAGAGAACAGAGUGUCUCAUUAGAGCCAAGCUACGCAGCAUCAUGACGUUUCAAGACAUGGAGAACAUCACCUCAAAGGAGAUCCGUAACGAGCUGGAGCAGCAUAUGAGCUGUAACCUCAAAGAGUACAAAGAGUUCAUAGACAACGAGAUGCUUUUGAUCCUGGGUCAGAUGGACAAGCCCACACUUAUCUUUGACCAUGUGUAUUUGGGCUCUGAGUGGAACGCGUCCAACCUGGAAGAACUACAUGAAUGCGGAGUGGGUUACAUCCUGAAUGUUACCAGAGAGAUUGACAACUUCUUCCCGGGGAUGUUUUCUUAUCACAACAUCCGCGUUUUCGACGAGGACGCCACCGACCUGCUGGCCCACUGGAACGACACUUACAACUUUAUUGUCAAAGCCAAGAAGAAUAAUUCCAAGUGCCUGGUGCACUGUAAGAUGGGGGUGAGCCGGUCUGCCUCUACGGUUAUUGCCUAUGCAUUGAAGGAGUUUGGCUGGUCUCUGGAGAAAGCCUACAACUUUGUCAAGCAGAAACGGAGCAUAGCUCAGCCAAACGCUGGUUUCAUGAGACAGCUGGCCGAGUACGAGGGAAUCCUGGACGCAAGUAAACAGCGGCACAACAAGCUAUGGAGGCCUGAAACAGAUGAAGGAUCAGAUGAUUUGCAAGCCUCUGGCCACUGUACCGGUGGGGAGGAUACACCAGUGCACAGAGGGGAAGGAGCCUGGGGAGGCUGCGGGGCCUCUCCCUGCAGGGGGACGGGUCUGGACAUGGAGCCCCUUGACUCUCUUAACUAUAAUUAUUACUUCAGACGUUUGUCAGACUCUGCACUAGACAGUGAGCCCUCCACUCCAGUGCGGGGUCCCCCUCUGCUGGGUAUGGAAAGAGUGUUCAUUGAGAUUGAAGACGUGGAGAGGGAUGCCCUAUUGGAGGACGAGGGUUUCUCCAUGGCCCAUUUAGCUCUGCCUGGCGGGGGCACGGCAGCUCAGACGUGUGGACGCCUCGACCCCCUGGAGGACAUGAGACAGAGGCUCGAGAUCAGUACUUUAGAGGAAGAGGAUGAGGAAGAGGCCAAGAAAGAGGAAGCUGAGAUGGCGGCCUUGGCUCAAACACCUGGAAAUUCAGAUGGGAAGAGGACAGGGGAGGAUGCAGAGAGGACGGAGGAAAGCCGGUUGGGCCUCGCCAACCUAAACACCAACAACAGCAACCGCCUGGCAGCCAAGCGCAGCUGCCCUGCAGCUUUUGAUGACAGUGCUAGCACAGGAAACCCUUUAAAAGUGAAGCCCUCCUAUCAGUCCUGUAAAGACUGCCUGCGUCUACCACAAGGGCGGCGCUGUGACCGUCCAGCAGGAGGCCGUUCUCACCGCCUUAACCCCACCCGCCACUGCACAGUCCCCACCAUAUGCAUAGAUCCGCCCAGGACCAAUUUUGCCUCCACCUCUAUUCUGCAUUCUCUGCAUGCCCCUGCAGUUGUCCGACCUACCUUGGUCCAGCCCUGUAGUAAUCUGUACCGCUGUACCACCUGCACCCCCAGCAUGCCACUCACCAACCACCAGAAACUGGUCUCGCCCAUGAGCUGUGAGGAGACGCCUCCUGACCGCAGCUCGGUGGAGACAGAGGACAUGGACGAACCACAGGGCAACGACCUCGGAGAAGAAAUGUCAAGGGAAGGUGCAGGGGCCAUCGGUGCGGCUCCUGCUGAAGGGUUAAAAUUGCAACGUGGUGUUGCAGUGGAGCUCCAGCAGCAGGCUCUGGCCCAGCUGCAAAUGCCAAGACUGGGGAUAGAGUUUGGUCUGGAACUGAUGCGACAGAGGGCGGAGCAGCUUGAGAAGCUACCAAGCCUGGCUAUGGAGGGCCAGCUCCCAGUAGGGCCCCUGCCUUAAUACAGUGGCCCGGACAUGGAUGAGAUGGAGGUGGAGGCUUACCUCCGCCUCCAGCAGGUACACUAUGAUGGCUGUGGGCCUUUUUUUAGAUGACUGCCGCUGUGGUGUCGUACCAGAAACAAAGCUCUGCUUUGACCUGUACUGUCAUGUCCUGGCCUCAUAGCUGCACUGUCACAAGCUGCAACGGCCUUCUCUGCAUUUCCAGAGAGUGUCCUGUCAUUGUCUCCUGGCAUUAAGAUCCAGAUGAGGCUGGUUGUUUUGACCAUACGCUCAAGGCUUGAAUGCUUCUGGCCAGGUAAGGACUGAAGAUUUUUCCCGUGUCCUUCCACUUGUCCCUCUGACCGGAUCGAGGUCCAUCUGGUCUGCACCACAUACAGGAUCAUCACACUUCCCCACAGCCCUGUGGAGAUGAGCGUUAUGCUGCCAUUUUCCCCUCACAGGAGACGGCGGUUCCUUUCGAACUCCUGAGAAAGCUAAAGCAAGCACUUAUGAUGUUGAUGGAAAGAGAAAUAGCUGAAGUAACCUGCUUCUGUCAGUGUACUGUGUGUUUUUCAAUCCAACUCAUCAACGGUAUUCAUGAAGGAGCUCAAUGAAUGUUUGCAGUUGAGCCAUUUUGAUUGCUUUCAGAAUUUCCUCAUGUUACUCGCCACUGAUCGCUGAAUCCUCACCAGCCUUCACUUAUAUUUUCCCUGCUGCAGCUGCUUUUGCAUCACGAUUACGAAAGGGCAUUUCACGUGGAAGCAUAAUCAUUUUUUAAAAGGAUGUGAGCCUUUUUAUGCCUCUUUGUAAAGCGUCGUACCUCGGACCACAAGCAUCUCGAACUGUUUUGGUCAAAGACUCUUUUGUUGUUUCUGCUCAGUGGCUGGUUCACCCUGACCUCUUCCAUUAAAGUUAAUGUAAUCAUGUACUUAAAGCACUCACUUUAGCCCCACGCAUGACUUUGCAGUAUUACAAAACAUAUCGUCAACAAGCUUAGACCGAAAACAUUUAAGUAUUUCUUUUUUCUUUUUUUUAACACUAAAAAAACAAAACAUUUGGGCAGUCAUUCAGUUUAAAUGACAACAAUCAUUCGGAAAAUGGAUAAUUAAUAAGUUGUAUUGAACCUAACUCCUCGUCAUAGACUACACUCUUGGUCGAAUCACUUCCUGAUGUAACCAAAGCCAUAUCAUGUUGCCAGGUCCAGUUAAUCACCUGCCGGAUUUAAAGUCGUCUUACUUUCUUACCCAGUGUGCAUCUGGGUCGUCAUUAAUCCAAGCUCACCCAGUGGUCACACGUUGGAUAACCACGGGCUUCUUUCCCCCUAAACCCACAAACAUUUGCGAAGGUACACUAAUCAUGGAAAGACUGAGCACUUAAACACAUCCGCACAGCGCACAUUUCUGAUCUAUAGCUACCUUUUUAAUCAGAUUUAAUUUAACACCUCAGCAGAAAUAGACAUCCGUAGUAGUUUCAUUAUUGGCUUGCAGCGUCCAUCUUUGUAGUUCAUUUGAUUGAAUAAUAUUUAUAAUUCUAAUAAUUCCGACUUUCAAAUUACUAAAUGAAAUAUUUCUAUUUACGGUGUGAAAAUUAGAAAUGAUAUCAUAUUUCCUUUUUAUUUUAAACUCUCAACUCUCUCAAGUCUUUUCCUCAUCUGUUAUUUUGUACAAAGUUUUUGUUCAAAUUGUGCCACCGAUCCAAAGUUGCUGUGCCACAGGGUGUUGCUCUGCAAGUUCUUCUGUUUGGUUGAAUUUGUGUUCCUACUGUUUUUGGCACGCUGGGUGUGCUAGAACGGUACUGAAUGAUGCCUGUUUGUAUGCAGGAAAAAGCACAUGCGAGUGUUAUUACCGUUUUGAGGAUCUGAGUGCUUCAGAAGAAAUGAAAACUGUGCAAAGAAUGAAUGCAAAUGAUUUAAUCAUCUUUAAACAUGGUUAACCAGGUUAUUGUGUUUUUGUUUUGCUCGUAGAUUUAGCUUUUUCUUUAGUUAGAAACGUCAAUGCAUCCUCUUGUUCCUUCUCCUCCCUUAACUGGACACCAGGGAGCUGCAGGUUUGCUCCGCUAGUUUAGAUAAAAAAAAAAAAAAGUUUUGCCUGUUCUUCCCCUCACUUACAAAGUUGUUGACGGCAUCGGAUAGCACACACAUUUGAAACGGAACCAUAUCAAAGAAAGUUACAUAAAAUUGUUAAGAAAUAUCGCAGCUGUAAGAAUCAAGAAAUGUUACAAUCUUGUCAUCUGACUCCCAGCAAGAAAGCGUAUUUCCCAAAAUGUUGAAAUGUUCCUUUUUAAUACGAAUCUAAUAGUUCUCAGUAUGUUAUCAGGUGGGCCUCAGUGUGCUUGACAUCCGUGUGAUGUUCUGAGCAUUAAACGCUUCCCUUUGCGUUCCCAGACCACAGCACGAAGUUUGGUUGUUUGCUUCAUGUUAUGAAUUUGUUUGUAUUUAAGUGCCUUAACCUUGGCCUUAGCUCUGUCAUAAAGCAUCACAGGCAUUGCAAAAGUUUUCUGUGAGUGUGUUGAUGGUCUUGCUUUUUGUCCAUUACUUAACCUCACUCCCAAUAAUAACCAUGCUCCUUGCAAUGUAUAACUCGGCACAAAAUAAUAAUGUAUGCAAACACACACACACAAAAGCUCAUGCACAGCAGCCUCCUCCGCCCCCAAUACACGCAUACUUGAUGGACUUCCAUUUAUUAAUAGCCUAUAAUAAUAUUGUAUUUGUUUGAUAUUGUUGAAACGUGUGGUACACCGUAUUGGUUCAAUAGCUGGCUGAAGAACCUUACUUGCUGGAAUGAGAACUAUCAUUUACAUUAAAACAUUAGGAUGGAUUUAAGUCUCUGAAGUUUACCAGUCUGUAUAUAUUUUUCUCGAUAAUUUGCUAUUGACUACAUUAGCUUGCAGAUGUGGUCAAUAUUAAGAAAAGCACUGAUGAUGCUACAGUUUUGAGAAGUACUCCUAAUUAAAUUCUUGUGUUUGUACCACAGCAAAAGAGAAAAAAAACUUUUGGGCCAUCUCUAAUUUAGGCGAAUGUCUUCAGGCUCUAUUAAAAAUGGCGAUUCCUUUUUUAUUUUUUUUAUUUUAUUGCAUUAUUCCCAGGCAGCAGACAUCAAACUGACAAUCCUACUUAAGAGCCAGACAUUGAGGACUUUGUGUGGAAGGAUAUUAAGACAUACUGUACUUUAAAAGGGGGAUCCAGGCAUUUAUAGAGUGUAUUUAUAGAGCACAAGUCUGCCCCAAAGCAUGUGAGGUUGAGACAAGUGGAAAAUGUAGAACAUGAAAAACCUACCUGGGAGUAAGAUUUUGUUACGUUAAUUGUUUUUUGUUAAAUUUUGUGUACUGUACUGUACAUUGCCAAUGUUCAUGUGUAAUGCACUUUUUUUUACAUUUUGUUAAAAUGAUGUCCAGUCUAAUGUUUAUCAUGGAAAUAAACCAUUUCCUCUACA